GUCUGGCACUUUUGCAAAUUCCUGAGAUUGAGCUUCUACAGAACUGCUAUUGAAUCAUGUCAAUAUUUAAUCAGCACCUAAAGACUGCUGGAAAUAAAUAUUUAGAGACAGUGCUUCUAUUUUAUUGUUUCAGUGCACUGAAGAAGUAGGGAAGAAUGCACUUCUGCAUCACCCUUUGAUUUGAUGCAAUUUAAAUUCUCAGUGCUUAUUCUUGCAAGUGAGGAAGAGAUUAAGAACUGGACUCCAAGAUUUUACAAGCUGUAAUGAAGUGACUAAGUGAAGAAUUUCAUUUUUCAAUCUUUUAUUCAGGCAAACGUCUGUUAAAGUCACUGACAAUGUAGAAAUAAACAAGGACAACGAAGGGCACGCAAAGAAGAACUGCAGAAGGGUCAGCCUCAGUCAGAAGGAUAAAGUUCGUGUCAGUGCCAACGGCAGAAGAAUUCAGGAAGCCAACAAUAAAUGGAAACAAUGUGAGAAGAGCAGGUGUGUUUUCACUCAGAGGAAGCAGCUACGGAUAUGAAAAUGACUUAGCAGCUGGUGAAUAAGGAGACUGAAGCUGUGCCAGACAAACUUUACAGAUAAGGCUGUGUUCAAACAAGCGCAGCGCCAGAACACCAAAUCUACACAGGAUAUGACUUGAAGCUUUCUCUUCUUGAAGUUGGUAAAGAUUUACCACAGAAAUUCAGCAGGAUGAUUUAUCUUCGGUGUAUGAGGAUAUCAACAAAUUUUAGUUAAAACUUGAGAGGAAUGAUUGUUUGAUGACUGCUCAUACCUUUCUUGUUUCACCUGGUGAUAGACUUUCAGUGCAGUGGUACACAGUAAGAUUUACAGGAACCCUCAACUGAGCACCUUAUUUUCUCUUGCACACUCUGAGUAAUCAAGCUCAGAACCACUAAAUUCUCAGUGAGCGAUGAAGAAAGGCAUGCUGUCAAAGUCACAAAGCUAUCUUUUCAUUUAUAAAACAAUUUAAAAUAAAACAGGAGCUGGAACAACUAUAUCAACAAGAGAAAGGCUGAAGAGAUGAAUCACUCCAAAAUAUUUUUUCAGUGUGCAGAGAAACAGAAAUAUUUCUUUUUGAAUUCCAUGAUAUCAUACAAUCAAGCAAUAUUGAGAGUACACCAACCCAAUGCAUUAGGGAAGUUAUAGGUACGUUUUCAGUUGCUAUAUCAUCCUGCAAAAAUAAUUAAAAAGUGGACUGGCAUUUUCCUUAAAAAUAAAAAAUAAAAAAAUAAAAACAAAUUAAAGCAUUUCAGUAGCUUUCCCUACAAUUUUUUCUUUAGGAGGAAGCUUGGAAUGUUUAUGCUAUUGUAUGGAUUUUACGUAUAGUUGAUUAGAUCCAAAACUAAAGAAAACUAGGGAAAAUUAACUUGUAUGCUUGGAGAUUCUGUUCAAAGUUCCUGGAUUAAAUAAGCAGCAUUAAAAUUAUAGAUGUCAUCACCAUUUAAAUAAUGGGGAAAACCUUUCACCGCCACAGGUUUUGAGGUCCUUUUCCUACGAUCUGUUUACAACCCACUGAACCCUGCUGUGUAUUCACAUUGAUCUUUCUUCUGCUAAGCUUUGUGAGUAGUUACAGUGAUAGCUAACAACAAAAGCCAUGAAAUUAUGGAGCUGAUCUGUUGGUCACUGCAGUGUAACUGUAAGCAUAGUCAAAGACAAACUAUGGAAAGCAUCUUUAGAAACCUGCUAUAAUUCAGUGAUCACCACCCGUAAUGAAAAUGCUGAGUCGUGGCCUGAGCCAGUGAUUGAGCACCUGGUGGGAAGGCAGGGCCAACCCAGGGGAGCUCAGGUGCAUGCAAUGCAUUGAGUGACCGGAAGGGGUGGAGCCAGGAUCCAUCUCUUCCCAGAACUCUUUAAAGGGUUGGCAAAGGAAAUGAGGACAUCUUUUGUUGGAGAUCCCUGCAUACCUGAGGCCUUCCAAAGGCAAGCAGCUCUUUUCCUUUGUUUCUGCAUCUGUGGCUGCUGCAUCUGGGCUCAUUCUUGUUUGCUACAGCCAAAGACUUUGCCACCCCACUAUUACUGCGGUACUUUCCAUCCCAUUAUAGCAUUACGCCAUCUAUAAAAGUAUCAAAAUGUUUCAUUUUUCAACUGAAUAUUCUGAAAUAAUAAAAAUAUAUAUUCUAAAUGGAUGUUGCAAGAUCUUUUGGAACUGCUGCAAUUGCAAUGUUCCCUAUCCUUUCACAGUACCCUCUUUUUUACGGAAGAUCAUUUAAUGCAGAGAAAUUCCUACACAUUUGUAUCAGCACAAAGUCAUUAACAUAAGAACAUAUGCCACAUUGGUUCAGACCCAUCUUCUCUUCAGCAGUGGCUAAAAAUCGUUGCCCCGGGAAGAAUAAGAACAGGGCAAGCAUAUGUAAUAUUUCCUCAGAGUCUUCUCCCAGCUGCCAGCUAUUUUCAGGUCAGAGAACUUCCUGAGAUUGAUGCUGCCUGUCUCUUUAGUUUCCCUCAGUGAAUCUCUCCAGUAUUUACUUGACCAGUCUCCCCUUGAACACAUCCAACAUUUUCACAUCCUGAACAGCUUUGACAAGAAGUUCCACAGGUAUACUAACACAAGUCCAUUAACUUAAUGACUUUGCAUUAGCACCUGUCUCUUCCUUUUCCCCAGACUCUACAAUUUUUGAGACUACAGAAACAAAAGUAAUACCAUGGAAGCACUAAUCUUGCUGCACUACACAUCUCCGCCUUUUUGCAGGAGGGGGAAAGAGAUCUCUUAACUCGACCAUCCUUUCAGUGAUGAAACAACAUUGGGAGUUAUGGACAAAAACAUUGGAGAGCAACUUAACAAAGCUUAUGAAGCCUAUCGACAAGCAUGCAUGGAUAGGGACCAUGCUGUGAAAGAACUACAGCAAAAAACAGAGAACUACAUGCAGCAAAUAUGUGAACAGCAGGAACAGAUAGAGCUUCAAAACAGCAUUAUUGCAAAACUGAAUUCACAGUUAGCUGCUCUGAAUGCUAAUAGAGGUAAUAUGCAUCCCUACAUUCUGAGGCAUGAAGACAUUGAAACCUCCAACUUAUCUUUUAGCCAGCUCUCUGAAAAACUGAAUGUAGCAAAGCGAAGAGAAAGACUCCUAAAGGAACAGUUAGAAAAUGAGAGCAUGAAGUUGAAGCAACUUGAGGACAGAAACAGUGAAAAGGAAAGGAGGCUUAUGUCUAUUGUUUCCAACCAAGAAGAUAAAAUACGAACUCUGAAAAACAAAUUGAAAGAAUUAAGUGACGCCCAAAAGGGUACACAGAUGCCAACAUACAAAAUAGAGGUGAAAAGUAAGAAAGUUGUUCCAGAUAAGCCUGAAUUAUCUAUAGGGAUUUCUGGUAUUUCACCUUUGCCUGAAAGGGAGAAUCUGGAGACUAUUUUUCAGGAGAUGAAAGAAGAGUGUCAUCGAAUAUGUAUGCUAGCCAGAGAACAAACAGACCAACUGAGUAAAUUUAAAAUAAAGCCAGAACCUGAAACUGAAAUACAGUUUUCCAUGCCAAUACAGUGUACUGAUAAAACUGAUGAACAAGCAGAAGAGCUUUUUAAGCCUCGGGUUAUACAGGAUAUAAAUAGAGGUGCAUCAUGCAUCACAUCUAUCACACCAAGAGGAGUGGGCCAAGAUGAGGACAACAACUCUGUAGAAUCACUUUCUAAAUUUAAUGUCAAGUUUCCACCUACAGACAAUGACUCUGCUUUCUUGCAGAGCACUCAGGAAAAAGUAACAGUUCCUUGCUCUGGUAUAGCUGAAAACAUGCUUCAAGAUCAUCAUUUUAACCGGGAGCACAGAGACCGUGCUGUUAACCUCAGUAAAUUGGAACCUAACUCAUUUGAAGCUCAUGGAGUUGAUCUCGUGACCUCAGCUUUACAAAGCUUAACUACUGUUGACAAAACAAACCCUCCAAAUCAUGCAAACAUGCCCAUAGAAAAUAUCCGUGACAAAACAUGCUUGAAAACGGCAGACACUGCUUUCACGUUUAUAUCUAAGCACGCAAGCCAAGGUGCACCUGAAGUGAUUUUUCCGUCUUUAGAAGCUGCUGGAACAACCGUCAGAGGUCCUCAUCAGCUCAUUUGGCAGCCUCGGGACAAUGAUUUGCUGGCACAAACUUAUACAGACUCUGAACUGAAUCAGCAUGGAGUAUGUGAAUUCUGUCGAGAAGUUUUCCCACCAUCUCUAACAUCUAAGGAAGAUUUUCUUCGGCAUCUGAAUUCCCACUUUAAAGUACAGUCUUAACAUAUGAGAAUUCAGUGGGUCACUGUUUUUGCAUACAUUUGGUUUUUUAUUAUUAUUAUUAAUAGAUUUGCUAAGAAUUUAAGAAUUAAGACUUCUUGUAACAAGAACUAACUGAAAUUGUCAGAUAAGCACAUUUUUUUCAUUGUUGUUUGACGAGGUAAAAUGCAACUGUAAGUCUGUACUGUAAUUCGCAUUACUGCUUGUCAUGCUUCAAUAUUGCCAUUGGGAUUGUGUUUAAAAGCUUCUUUUUUUCCCCAGUUAAUCUUUGCCUGGAUAGGCUCGAAGUCAUGAUUAUAUUUGUCAGGACAGAUUUGCAGGAUUAAGUAUUUAAUCUGGGAGAGAAAUUGGUGUACUGCUAGGAUUUCUUCUCAAUAUCCAGUGAUAUGAUUCGCUAAUUGAAGGGAACGGGAAGGAGAGGUAGGCUCUCAUUUUUAGUUUCUAUUAUAAAAUUUGUUAUAAAAAAUAACAAUUGUGCUAAUAUACCUUUCCAGCAUUAAUCAUUAGUUAAACUACUUUCAUGGAAAAUAUUAAUAUGAAGGAUGGAGUAAGAAAAGCCUGAAGUGUCCUUGAAGGUAAGAAUACCAAAGAUGGAAAGGCUUACCUUUCCUUCUGAUCUGCUAUGAAGGAUUGUUCAAGUCUGUUAUGACUUAGACAGGCAAGGUGAAGACCUAAUCACAGAAAUCUCAGUGACUUCAGUUCUAACCUGAAUAUGCAGAAUAGUUUUCACAAUGGAAUUUAAAUGUGUUUAAUCAAAACAUUGCAUUUUGAUAAAGUUUGCACAUUUUAUAGAUUCAUUGGGUUCAAAUUUAAAAGUCAUGGGUUUUUUACUAAACAAUUUAUGUUAAUGAUAAUGGGUGACUUACAGCUUUUGGCAUUUGAACUGAGUGUGGUUUUUAGCCCUGGUUUUUGAUAAAAUUAGCAUUAAUAUUUUUAUAGCAGCAAAGUACAACACUUUUUAAAGGUUUGAUUGCAGGUGAUCUGUUUCUGUAAGGAAAAAAAAUACACCUGCGUAACUUUUAGAAUGGAUUUCUCUGCAGUUAUUUGCUCUAUUUUAAAUAUCUCAUGUUUGUGACUGUCUGUCGACAGUGUGUACUGUAAUAAACAGCAGUGCACGGUG